UUCGCUGCCCCCUUGGUUUACCAUCAUGCAUGCAGUACCAGUGUGUGUAAGGUAGAGUAGAAAUGCACCAAAAGCGUGUCGACCUUCCCCAAGAAAUGUGAUUAUUUGAGCAGGGACGUUCAAUUUAUAUGUCUCUUCCAGAUCUAGAAAUUCACUAAACGCUGUCCUCUCGGAAUUGUCUCUGACAUCAGCAGUUCUGAACCGCAAGGAGAUGGCAAAUUCUGUUGAAGAGCAGAAGUUCAGUCUAAAGGAAGUACUGGACACUUUUAGUUUAUGUCUCUCAGAAAAUAAGGAGGUAUACAUCGAACAUUACGUGGAAGGAUGGCGUGGUCUCGUUAGGUUCAUGAAUAGUCUUGGAAGUGUUUUUUCCUUCAUCGCCAAGGAUGCUGUCAACAAGAUUGAAAUCCUUGCAAAUUUCCUUAAUGGUGAGAAUGGGGCACAUUACAGCACCAUCCAGUCCAUGGUGAAAUAUGAGCUAGAUAAUGGACUAGUUGAUCUCACCAAACGUGACAAAUACCCAGAGUCCGGCUCCCGAACCCUCCUAAGGCUGCACCGUGCUCUCCGCUGGCUGGACCUCUUUCUGGAGCGUCUGAGAACCAGUACUGAGGACGGUAAGACCUCCGUGAUGUGCUCAGAAGCCUACAAUGAGUCCCUGGCUCAGCAUCAUGCUUGGAUCAUCCGCAAAGCUGCUGGCAUGGCGUUCUGUGCCCUCCCUGGACGCCUAACAUUUUUUGAGGUGAUGAAUGUUGGUACACCGGAACAAGUCGUUUCCAUGUUGGGGGAUGCCCUGCCCCUCAUUUCCGAAGUCUACGACAUUACAGAGAAACUGUAUGCCCAACAUGAGCUUUUACAGUUACCAUAGAGGUCAUCUAUGAGACACGUUACUACAUACAGUCUUUGGGGACCUCUACUGUCUGCAGUACACAUGCUCUUUUAAAUCAGUCUGAUGUCUGAAUUUCCUUUUCUAUCCAUGAAUGGGUAUUCAUAUAUACUAACUAUGAUGAGGCUGGACGGUUGAAUGUAAAAUAUUAUUGCCUGACUGCAUUUAAAUAUUGAAUAUAAAGGCAGACUACAGACAACAUUCCUAAUAACAUUACAUUCUUUAAAUGAUGUCUGAUAACUCUAUAUGAAUUAAAAGGGACACUACUAAUGAGUCUAUAUGUCAUUCUUUGCUAAAUAUCCAUCUGAAAUAAACCUCUGAGAGAACUGAA